AUGUCUAUCGAGAUUGGCCUCGGCACGCCGCUGGCGGACGCACUGAAUGCUGCGAUCCCGCCGAAGCUGGUUGAGGUUGGAUGGGGCACGGGCGGUAGCGACGACUCCGCACUCGCCGAGUACAUCAUUCUCAUGCUUGUCAAUGGCAAGACGCAAGACCAGAUUGCUGCCGAGCUGUCUGGAGACCUCCUAAAUCUGCCGCUCGACGACCCUGUCGUCCACGAAUUCUCCAAAUGGCUAUUCGACCAAGUUCACAUGCUUAACGCGCAUGGCGGACAAGGAAACGGCGGUGACUCCAUGGGCGACUUCUCAGGCGAUGCCGCAGGUGGAGAUAUGGACACUGAUAUGGGCUCUCACGGUGCGCCCGAACUGAACGCGCCCACCGGUCCCCGCUCAAUGCGCAACGGCAACGGCAACUUCAGGGGAGGACGGGACAAGCGAAUGUUCGGGCAAAUGUCCAAAGCCAUGGACCGAUCGAAUGACAACGUGCUUCAUCGAGUUCGUGGGGGCAGCGGAAGAAUCGACACACAUGGGCGUGCCCCCCCUACUGGCCCACGCGGAGGUCGCGGCGGCAUGAUGCGGAAUCACAACAACAACAGAGGCAUGCAGGCCGGCGCAAUGCCCGGUGUUGCUGGCGGACCUGCGUUCCCGCAAUGGGGGAUGCAAGGCCAGCCUACUCAGAUCGACGUCAUGGCCAUGCUAGAACAGCAGAGCCAAAUGAUGUUGGAGCUGUCUCAACAGAUGAUGAACAACGGAAACCGGGGUUUUGGCCACCAGCGACGAGGAGGAAAGUCUCUAUUUGAGAGGACCCAGGACCCUCGCCACAAGAAUAACUUUCGCAGAGGCCAAGGUCAGGGUCAGGCCGACGCCAACGGGGAGGAUUCGAACAUGGAGACGGGUGCCGAAGGCGAGGAUGCUGACAUGGGCAAGCGCGAGCCUCCGAACCCAGACGAGACUGUUUGCAAAUACAACCUUCACUGCACCAACAAGGACUGCAAAUUUGCGCAUCAGUCGCCGGCAGCGCCCCCGGGAGUUUCUGUCGAUGUCAACGAUAUUUGCAGCUUUGGCGCCGCCUGCAAGAACCGCAAGUGUGUCGGACGCCAUCCCUCACCGGCCGCAAGACUUGCGCACCAGAGCGAACAGGAAUGCAAGUUCUUCCCCAACUGUCAAAACCCUCGAUGCCCGUUCAAACACCCCUCGAUGCCUCUCUGCCGCAACGGUGCAGGCUGCACUACACCAAACUGCAAGUUUACACAUGUCACGACAAAGUGCAAAUACACUCCCUGCUUAAAUCCCACCUGCCCCUUCGCCCACGAGGAGGGCCAGCAAGGAGGUUUCAAGGACAAGGUCUGGACACCAGGCCAGGGAGAGCAUGUCAGCGAGAGAAAAUUUGUGGAUGAGAAUGCUGAAGAGCAAAUGAUUCAGCCAGAGACGGAGAACAAGGAAGAGAUGGCACAGGAUCAAGAGAUUAUUGGUUAA